AUGGCCUCACUCUUCAGAUCUGCAGCACGACUGCAGCCCGCCGCGCGAGCAUCGCUCCGCCAGCCCGCCCUUCGUCGUACCAUGGCAUCCCAAACCACGACACGCAACGCCAGCGCAGCCGCUGCUUUCAAGUCGAAUGUCGCCGACUCAGUCGAGCAAUCUUACUUCCCAGACGAGCCAAUUGCUCCCACUAUUCGGACUGAGAUCCCCGGGCCAAAGUCGAAAGAGGCGAUCAUUGCAUUGGACAAGGUGUUUGACACACGCUCGCUGAACAUGAUGGCAAACUACCAGAACAGCUUCGGAAACUACAUUGCGGAUCUUGACGGAAACGUUCUGCUUGAUGUCUACGCUCAGAUUGCUUCCAUCCCUAUCGGAUAUAGCAACCCAGCCCUUCUCGCGGCGGCUACCACACCAGAGAUGGCCUCUGCCAUUAUCAACAGACCUGCUCUGGGAAACUUCCCACAGCACGACUGGGCGGAGAUCUUGGAGUCCGGUAUCUUGAAGGUCGCCCCCAAGGGCCUCAAUCAGGUAUUCACCGCUCAAGCUGGAUCAGAUGCCAACGAGCUUGCGUACAAGGCCGCUUUCAUGUGGAAGCGUCGCCAGCAGCGUGGUGGCCCAGACGUUGAGUUCACUAACGAGGAAAUCACCUCAUCGAUGAACAACCAAGGCCCUGGUGCCCCCAACAUGUCCAUCUUGUCCUUCAAGACUGGGUUCCACGGUCGUCUCUUUGGUUCUCUCUCCACCACCCGCUCCAAGCCAAUUCACAAGCUCGACAUUCCCGCAUUCGACUGGCCUCAGGCAUCAUUCCCAGCGCUCAAGUACCCUCUUGAGGACCACGUUGAGGAGAACGCUCGUGAGGAGGCUCGCUGCUUGGCCGAGGUUGAGGAGAUUAUCACUACCUUCCACUCUCCUCCAGCUGCUGUCGUUGUGGAGCCAAUUCAGUCCGAGGGUGGCGACAACCACGCCAGUCCAUCUUUCUUCAGGGGACUUCGUGAGAUCACAAGAAAGCACGACGUUCUCUUCAUCGUCRAUGAGGUGCAGACUGGUGUCGGUGCCACUGGCAAAUUCUGGGCUCACGACCACUGGAACCUCCAGGACCCACCUGACAUGGUCACCUUCUCCAAGAAGGCUCAGACCGCUGGCUACUACUUCGGCAACAACGAGUUGAGGCCCAACAAGCCUUACCGCCAGUUCAACACAUGGAUGGGCGACCCAGCCCGUGCCAUACUCUUCCGCGCCAUCAUUGACGAGAUCGCCCGCCUUAACCUUGUCGAGAACACCGCUGAGACUGGUGCAUACCUCUACGGAGGCCUUGAGAACCUCGCCAAGAAGUACCCCGGUGAGAUCAACAACCUCCGUGGAAAGGGCCAGGGCACCUUCAUUGCGUGGGACUCCCCUCGCCGUGACGAGGUGCUGAAGAAGGCGAAGAAUGUUGGUAUCAACGUCGGCGGCUCUGGCGAGCGUGCUGUACGUCUCCGACCCAUGCUCAUCUUCCAGAAGAAGCAUGCAGACAUCUUCCUCGAGGCGAUGGAGAAGAUUCUAAAGUCAUGA